AUGAUUUGUGUCAUUACCGUUGUUUUGAUGUUGAAGAGCCCGAGGUAUUGGCUGGGAGUGGCGAAUGGGUCGCGGAAGCUAGGAGCGACGACAAAGGCCAUGCCGUGGCCGCUAAGUAUCGGGAGCAGGGUUGAUGGCGAAGACAAAGGUUGUAGAGAAGGACGAGACGGUGCCGUUUGGAGAAUCUUUGAACCGGAUUGGUUUGGGUAUAGAAUGCGUGACCGGUUUGCUGCAAGGUUGCUGUCGGUUAGCUUUAAGAGACCGUUGGGUGUGACGGUGGCGAUCCCUUGGAGGUAUGCAGUUAGUGGACGACGGAAGCCAUUGUAA